AUGGCCGCGACGGCGGCCUCGCCGCCCUCUGCUGCCGCGCUCGCUACUGGUACCGCUCGCCGCUCGUCCCGGCUGCCUCCUGCAGGGAGGUUUCGCAAGGAGAAUGGUGGCAUGGUCGUUUUGGGCGCGGCCGUCUCCGGCCCUGCGACGGCAGCGCUUUCUCCUCCCCCGCCGCAGGUUGGGCAGGCGUGUGGGUUGUGCUCGCGCACGCCGCCACUCCCGUCCGAGCCAGCUGCGGCCCCGUCGCCGGCCGGCGAGCUGCUGCUGCCUUGUGGAGUCCCGUCUUGGUCUUCCGCUGCUGAUGCCGCUGUUGUCGACGAUGAGGAAGAUGAAGAGGAGCUUGCCCCCCAGACGCCGCCGCCUUCUUCCACUCCGCCACGCCUCCUAGUCUGUCCGGUCCAAGUUGGUGGCCAUCUUGUGGAGGAUGCAGAUGCACCUGCGGCCCUCCCCGUGCCACCUGCACCUGCGGCACCCAUCGUUCCCUCGUCCAAGGCCUCCAAUGCAAUCGGCGCCGAGGAAGACGCGGAGGAGCUCGGCCCCCCGUCGCUGCGGUCUGCUGAUGAUGGUGAGGCCGGUGCAGGAGCGCUGCCCCUCGCUGCCACGCCGUGGCCUGCUUCUUGGGUGUCCUCUGCGGACAACGACGACGAGGACAGCGAAGAGGAACUGGUUCCCCGGACGCCGCCAGCCACCAAGUCCUUCAAUGUUGGUGCUGAUGUUGAGAAGGUUGAUGGCAAAGACAUGGAGUGUGUGGGGGGGCGAGCAUGGUGGAUGGCAGGAGGUGAUGCCACGGCGCGGCUCACGCCGCUCGGCUCUGCCAGCCCCGCCAAUUGCUCGUCGUCCUGUCCCUGCUUGGCUCAAGGGUAG